CGGCGAGGGAGCGCCAGCAGCCAAUUGGGAGAGGGGAGGGGCGAGCCAGCGCUGCGGAGGAGCCAAUGGCAGGCAGCAGAGGAUGACGCCGCCGACAUGGCUGCUGUCGUCGGACAGUUCGGGGACGUGUCGGGCUUCUCGGUAACUUCGAUCGGUGUCCAAGGAACGGAGCAGCUGCCUCGCUAGUAUUCGUACCACGAGGCGACUCAGCGGGCCCUCGGAGAGAGCGAGCAUCGGGGCCAUGGCUUAUCACUCGGGCUACGGAGCCCACGGCUCCAAGCACAGGGCCCGGGCAGCUCCGGAUCCCCCUCCCCUCUUCGAUGACACAAGCGGUGGUUACUCCAGCCAGCCGGGGGGCUACCCAGCCCCAGGAGCCGACGUGGCCUUCAAUGUCAACCACUUGCUUGGGGACCCAAUGGCCAACAUGGCUAUGGCCUAUGGCAGCUCCAUCGCAUCCCAUGGGAAGGACAUGAUGAACAAGGAGCUGCACCGUUUUGUGUCUGUGAACAAAUUGAAGUAUUUUUUCGCUGUGGACACAGCCUAUGUGGCUAAGAAGCUAGGGCUGCUGGUCUUCCCCUACACACACCAGAACUGGGAAGUGCAGUACAGUCGUGAUGUGCCUCUGCCCCCACGGCAAGACCUCAACGCCCCCGAUCUCUAUAUCCCCACAAUGGCCUUCAUCACCUACGUGCUGCUGGCUGGGAUGGCACUAGGCAUUCAGAAAAGGUUCUCCCCGGAGGUGCUGGGCCUGUGUGCAAGCACAGCGCUGGUGUGGGUUGUGAUGGAAGUGCUGGCCCUGCUCCUGGGCAUCUACCUGGCCACCGUGCGCAGCGACCUGAGUACCUUCCACCUGCUGGCCUACAGCGGCUACAAAUAUGUGGGGAUGAUCCUCAGUGUCCUCACGGGCCUGCUCUUCGGCAGCGAUGGCUACUACGUGGCGCUGGCCUGGACUUCAUCCGCGCUCAUGUACUUCAUUGUGCGCUCUUUGCGAACAGCAGUCCUGGGACCCGACAGCAUAGGGGGCCCGGCCCCCCGACAACGUCUCCAGCUCUACCUGACACUGGGAGCUGCAGCCUUUCAGCCCCUUAUCAUAUACUGGCUGACUUUUCACCUGGUCCGGUGACCCCCAUCCCCGCUGGCACUGAUUUUUCCAUACAUUGAAGAUUUGAUUUCCUUGA